UUUUGGAGGAGGGACAAAGUGGCAGCCCUGGUGUCAGGCCAUGGGGUCGAUGUCUGCGCUUGGAGCUGGCGUGCUGGUGCCACCUGGCUUCUUGGUACAGAGGUGGCAAAGCCAGGAGUUUAGUGCCCAUCUGUGCUUGAAGAGAAGGACCCAAGUUCAUGUUAUUGGCAGGUGUCAGCGCAGUUCCAGUGGAAAAAGACCAUAUGGAGGAAAUGGUAACACGGUGCAUAGUGGAAGUUCUGUCCAAUGCUCUCUCUAAGCUAAAUGCACCACCAAUUAAUCCUGAAUGUAAAGAAAUCCUCAAAAAGAGUACUAAAAGUGACAGAGAGAGAAGUGAAGACAAACAACUUGAAGCAAGGCAUUUGAAAGAGCCAGCAGAGAUUGAAAAACAUCUUGCUGGGAGUGUGGAGAAGGAACAAAGUCAGGUAGAAGAUGGCUCUAGAAAGCACAUGAAAGGAAGUGAUGAAGGGAAGAUUGUUCCUGAGGAAGGUAAGAGCAAGGAAGAGGAGGAGGGACACCACAUACCUACUAAUGAAGAGAGGCUUCAUACAGAAGAAAAGAAACACUAUCAGGAAAUUAGAAGAGAGGAGGAGAACAGCUACCACAGUGAAGAAGAAAGCAAAGAAAGCAAGCAUCAUGACGGAGAGGUAGACCGCGCUGUUCUCAGCAAGAAGUCCAGCUCUGCAGGCAUGGGCACAGAGGAGUUCCCCGAGGGGAAUGACCAACGCCCCGUGGGCCACUGGCAUUCGGAGGAGGGAAUGCAGAGCCCUUACAAAAGAAUUCAUGAAGGAGAGGAGGGAGAGGCAGAGGAAGAAAGAAGUGAAAAAUACCACCAUGAGUCUAAGGUACGUGAUUUCUCCCGUCAGCAAGAGCAUGAAGAAUCUGAUGAGAGUGAAGAAGCAGAGGAGGAAAAGCAACCUUACAAACCAAAACAUUCCCACGGGAAGCACAGAAUGGAUGAAUCCUCCGAACAGAAGAGAGGCCAUGGUGAUGAGAAAGAAGAACUAGCUGAGGAAUCAAAUGCAGAGGAGGCCCUUCUCUGGGACAAAAGGAACCACCAUCAGAAACACCACCGUGAAGAAUCUGAGCAGCAGCGUGAGGAGAAGAGGCAUGGGAGGCACGGGUCUGAAGAGGUGGAGGAGAAGAGGCAUGCAGGCCAGGGAAGUGCAGAGUACAGAGAGAGGUGGCAGCAGAGUGAAGAGAGCAGCGAAGAAGAAAGUAAGAGGCGUCACCACGGUGAAGAAAGUGAUGAGAAAUGGCGCGAGGAGAAGAGGCACCAUGAUGGAUCGCAUGAGGCAAGGAGGCACCAUUCUGAGGGAAGGACGUAUCAUGGAGGUGAAAGUGAGGAAGAGCUAGAGAGGUAUCACAGCGGUGGCAGCAAGGAGAGGCAGCAUCGUGCCGGAGGAAGAUACCGCUUGUGGGACAACGAAGAUGAAGAGAUACAGAAGGCGUACGCUCAGGAGCACAGAGGGCAGGCCAGAACACACUACAGCACUGAGGACAGCAUAGAGCAGCAGCGCUACCCUGGUAACAGCGAGGAGGAGGAGGAGGAAGUAGAAAAGAAGCAUUACAGCAGUGAUCAGAUGGAAAAUGAAGAGGAGAAUAUGGAGGAAGGGAGAUAUGGUGAGGGGGAAGAGUACAGAAGCCAUCUCCCUGCAGAGAACGACAAGAGAACCGCAGCAUCCUACAGCUCUUUAUACCCACUGCUGUGGUGGAAGAGCCGGCACUUUGAGAAAAGGAACAGCGCAGGAGAGAGGCUGCUGGAGAGUAAAGAGGAGAGCAGGCCCUCCCUGAACGAGAAGAACCUUUUCCCUGAUUACACCGACUAUGACUGGUGGGAAAAAAAGCAGCUUCUAAGUGCCCUGAACCACGGACGCUCCGAGAAGAGGAACCUUGGCAAAAUGAACAGAUAUGAUAUGAAAAGGCAAUACAACAAGAUGGAUCAACUUGCACAACUCCUGAACUACAGGAAGAAAUCAGCUGAAUUCCCGGAGCUGUACAGUUCUGGAGAAGAUAUGAAAAAACGUCACAUAGUCAGGAAUGACAAAGGAGCUCUGAGCCAGAGGCCUUUGACAGAAGAGGAGGAAAAAGAACUGGAAAACCUGGCUGCAAUGGAUUUGGAGAUGCAGAAAAUAGCGGAGACACUGAAUGACAACAGAAGAGGCUGAAGAUGAUCUGCUUUGGUGUUUCAAAGCUAGGUGUAGCUUCACUCACAAUACCUGUAUUUUGUGGUAAAUUCACGGCCACUGGAUUGUUGUUUGCCCUAAAAACAGGAAAUACUAUUUACUGUCCACUAUAGUGUAGUGAUUUAUACAGCUGAAAAUGUCUUUAAUUUGCUAUUAUGCUAUUGAAAUCUGAAUAGCAUGAAUUUUAAUAUUAUAACCUUUCAUGCGAGGCAGAUAUUUUUAAUAUGCUUGUGAAAAUAAUUGUGUUAGUGUUCUUCAGAAAUCUAUGUCUGAGUUUGAAAUAAUAAAAAACAUUGAUCUUGGAGCAAA